AGCAUGUAGUAAUCCAACGUCACUGCAACGUGUAUUUGACUCAGAACACCAAUAAUCCAGAGCACGUUUGGCAGAUUUUCUUUCUGUUAAUCAGUAUUUGGUUAUUAAUUUUCAACCAUGGGGAAGUCAAGUAAAGAUAAAAGAGAUGUGUACUAUCGCUUAGCUAAAGAGGAAGGAUGGCGGGCAAGGAGCGCGUUCAAACUUCUACAAAUAAACGAGGACUUUAAUUUGUUUGAAGGAGUAAAGAAAGUUGUAGAUUUGUGUGCAGCCCCUGGUAGCUGGAGUCAAGUGUUAGCCAGGAAAUUAAGAGGAGGUGAUGUCAAAAACGACGACGUGAAAAUAGUAGCUGUCGAUCUCCAGGCGAUGGCUCCAAUCCCUGGAGUUAUUCAGCUGCAGGGAGACAUAACCAAGAAGUCAACAGCACAGGAAAUCAUAUCUCACUUUGAAGGCGAGAAGGCGGAUCUAGUGGUUUGUGAUGGGGCACCUGAUGUCACUGGUCUUCAUGACAUCGACGAAUACAUUCAGGCUCAGUUGCUUUUAGCUGCUUUAAACAUAACCACACACGUUCUUCGCACUGGUGGGACAUUUGUUGCCAAGAUAUUCCGUGGAAAAGAUGUCACAUUGUUAUAUUCCCAACUUCGUAUAUUUUUCCCACUCGUUGCAAUAUUCAAACCACGGAGUAGCAGAAAUUCAAGUAUCGAGGCAUUUGUCGUGUGUCAGAAUUAUUCUCCACCUGCAGGAUACAUUCCCAAUAUGUCGAAUCCUUUACUCGACCACAAAUACGACACAGAUUACAAUAAUCUAGAAGGACCAAACCGAGUUAUUGUUCCCUUUCUUGCUUGUGGAGAUUUAAGUGGUUUUGAUUCCGAUCGAACAUAUCCUCUGAACCUUGAAGAUGGGAAAGACUAUGUGUACCACCCUCCAACUCAAGGACCAAUCAAGCCUCCAUAUGAGGAGGCAUGUCAACUGAGAAAGACUGACCAACUGGCAAAAGUAGUUGACCCUACAAAGGCAUCAUCAGAAUCAUCAGACAAGAGUAAAGGAGAUACUACAACCAAAGGCUCUACCAUAGACUCUCUUCCAGAUUGUCUGGAUGAAGAUCUGGAAUUUGAUCCUUCAGAACAAGAUGUGUUGGAAGACUUAACAGAAUUACAGAUUGGAUAGACACAGUGGCCAGCAAUGUUCAUGUUCAUAGUGAAAAUGCAAAGAAAAUCACAAAAUAUUCUUUUGCAUGUUUGUUCCUCUAUUGACAGUGAUUUUUGUCAUGUUGAUUUUCUUUAUUUGUAUAUGUAUAAAUUCAUUCAUUAAAUAAGGUAAAUAAAAUUAGCUCUUGAUAAA